AUGCCAAGGGACAGCAGGAGAUGAUAGAAGCAGCUUUGUCUGGAGGAGGCGAGACCACGUGUGGGAGGGACAGGGUGAUGGCUGAGAUGAGGACCAGAGGGAGGAGCUUGUGCCUGAGCAAGUAAGUGUGAGGGCCAGACCUAAGCCUAGUAGCUCCUGUGAGAGUCGUGCCAGGAAGAACAAAGCCAGGGCUGCCUGGGCACCUGCACCAUGUCCUGUCUGCCCUGGACGAGGGCUCUGCCCUGGGCGCUGCUGCUGCUUGUCUCAGGCUUCCAGCUCCUGCUGACCCAGCCCUGGUGUUCUGAAGAGGAAAAAAACACUGAUAAUCAUAAACUCAGAGAUCCUGAGUUCUCUGCCACAGUGAAGUUUGUCUUGCACACAUUCAACCAGCAAAGCAAGGACGACUAUGCCUACAGGCUGGAGCGAGUCCUGAGUUCCUGGCAGGAGCACUCCAGGAAUAAGCAGCAGGAAAAUCCCAGAAUGGUGUUCUCCAUGAAACUGCAGCUGCGCCGAACAUGGUGUGGGAGAUUUGAGGAUGACAUUGACGACUGCCCCUUUCAAGAAAGGCCAGAGCUGAACAAUACGGUCAGCUGCUUCUUCACUAUCAGCACCAUUCCUCGGAUCAAAUGGUUCAAACUCCUGAAAAAGACCUGCUCAGUGGGGUUCCCCUGAGUGGAACACACCCUCACGCCUGGCCAUGUGCUGCUGACUCCUUCUGUGGACACAGCCAUUCACAGGAGCUUACACAUCAGUAGCUGAACAGCUCCAAGCUUGUUUGUUCUCUUGUUUUACAUGUGUCUGGGUCUUGUGGCUUGGCUUUUUUUUUUUAUACA